AUGGCCCUGAUCAUCUUCAUCAUCUUCAUCUCCAUCUUCAUCAGGAUCAGGGCCAGACUCCACUCUCUGCUGCUUUGUAAAGACCUUUAUGAAGUGAAGUGUAGUUCUUGUUCAGAUGAACUUCACUGUGUGACGGCGUCAGGAAGCAGGAGGCUUCUGUUCGGACCAGGGAUCAAAGUCACUGUGGGAAACCGAGACGAUUACGAGCCGUCCUACUAUGAACUGGAAGACAAGACGGGAACCGUCAGGGCGUGUCUGGCCACCGGAUUCAGCAGGAACAACGCCACCCAGGAGAAUGACCUGUUUAGAAACCACACAGCAGCGAACAGCAGCCGAGCCGUCCGGGCGCCGGACGACUCGCUGCACAGUGAAGUGCUUCUGCUGUCAGAGGAUCACAGAGGAAAGUGUGACCCCGAGGAAAAUGACUCUGGUGUUUGUGUCGAUACUUUGGACAAAGAUGUGACGGUGAACACGGUGUCCCUGCUGGUCGUGGCGUUGCGACUCCUCUUCCUGAAGACCGUCGUGUUCAACGUGCUGAUGACGCUGCGGCUGUGGCUCCGUCACUGAGUCGCACACAUCAACACAACCUGUAAAUUCAAUCAUAUUUUAGCUUCUUAACUUUUAUUUUGAUAAUCAUUUUCAAGCACAAAGAGAAAUCCUGCUUCAGUCACUUUUUAUUUUUCUCUUUUUCUCUUUCAGUAAAUUUCCGUUUUGUUUCUUUGAAAGUGAAACUUUCUCUUGUCUUGUUUUUUUAUUCGCCGACAAAUGAAGACAAAUCAAACGUCAAUAAUUAUCAAUACUUCCUGCACAGUUUUUUAGAUUAAAAGUAUUCUUAAAGCAUUGAAGGCCCUUUUCUCUUUGGCUUUUAAUGUGAAACCCCUGCAGAUUUCUCUGAGAGUAGCGUGUUCUUAACAUGUUCAUAUUCAGUCCGAUGUUCGUAAUGUUCUUCUGGUUUUAUCUUGAAAGGUUCCUCUGAAUAAAAUCUGUUAUUAUUAUUAUUCAAAGUUUGGUGCUUGUGUCUCAAAUUAUCAGUUUUGUGAAUUUCAAACUUUAACAGAUUCAUUUUUUGGAUUAAAGUUUCUUCUUAAAGGUGAUUUUAUUUUAUUCAACAUAAGAUAGUGUAAUUUUUGUUUUAUUUUCAUGAAGAGUUUGUAACUUGUGUAAUAACAUGUU